CAGUCCAGUUUCGUUCAUUAAAGUGAAGGUUUGUGUCUCUGUGAACGCUUGACCUCACAGGACGGUGGUUAUGCCGAUCGCUAGCGAGUUUGCUCCAGAUCUGGUGCUGGUGUCGGCAGGGUUUGACGCGGUGGAAGGACACCCUCCUCCGCUGGGAGGAUAUAAACUCACCUCCAGAUGUUUGGGUCACCUGACUAAACAGCUGAUGGGGUUAGCUGGGGGUCGAGUGGUGCUGGCGCUGGAGGGAGGUCAUGACCUCAGGGCCAUAUGUGACGCGUCCGAGGCCUGCGUCUCAGCGCUGCUGGGGAUAGAGCUAGAGCCGCUUUCUGCAGACAUCCUGAAGCAGAGACCCAAUGAAAACGCUAUGAGCUCCAUAGAGAAAGUCCUAGAAAAUCACAGUGAGUCAUUCAGAUCUUCAUUUCUUUUCAAGAAGAAUCGUUUACUCCUGUCAAAUAUUGUUCCAGGUUCCGUAUGUCUCACAGUGGACAGCUACAGUGCAAAACGAACAUUAAAAUACAGUUUGACCGUUAGCGCUAGUGUGAUCGACUCACUCACUGACCUCUUCUCUGUGUGAAUAUUUUUUAUUUUAUAUACAGACCCCAUAAUCCAGAACGGUUUGUGUUGCGGUCGAGAUGAGCUGUACAUGUUCUCAGAACCCUGCGAAUCAAAGCCGUGAUCGACGCCAUGCUGAACUCUC